CUGUGAGGUCAGUGGCAGUGAAGUGAUUGUGCCCAUUUCGUUCGUUGAAGUUCUCGCAGAGGAAACCCCCACAAGCCAUGUGGCGAUGCAAGGACCUGCAGUGGCCAUGCCAGUGAAUCGCUGUAGCUUUGUGUGUUAUCAAGUGUUUAUGUUUUGUCUACUGCAUGACAGUGCUUGAACUGGACAGUACCGGAUUACGAGAUGCGGCGGAAGAGUGACUACACGUGGUUUUGGAAUACUGGACAGGAUUUUACAAGAUGCAUAGUUUUUGUAUGCUUCCUGCUAGUCUGCAUAAGGAACUCUACAGCAUAUCCAGAUUUUAUAGAUUCUAUGAGUAGACAGUUCUUUGGACUUCCGGAUGAUAGAAAUGAUCAACAAAAUCAACAACAGUAUCAACAGAAUCCUGACCCUUUCUCUCAAAUGUUUGGAGCUCAUAGUCAACCUGUUCCAUCCAGACCUCCUCCACGUCCACAGAAUCAUUUUCAGCGCCGUCCGGAACAUCCUCCUCAAAGACAAGGUUAUUAUCCUCCUCAUCCAGGUGCAUAUAAUCAGCAUUACCAACUUCAACCAGCUAAUCCUCAUCAUCCUUCUCAACCUCAUCCGUCUUAUAACGGUCCUCCACCAGUCUAUGGACAGCAGCAUGGUUUUGGUCAAGUAAAAACAGAAGGAAAUGAAACAAAAACAGAAGGUUUUCCUGGUGAUGGAAAGAAUAGUCAGCAUCCAACCGCUUCUUAUCCUCCUCCUGUACACAGGAAGCAACAUGUAGUUACAGAAUACCAUGUCCAAGAUCCUCAUCAAACAGCAAUAGAAUACCAUCAUCCGCCUGCAACUGCUGUAGAAUACCAACAACCUCCAGUGGAGUAUCAUCAUGUGCCAGAACAUGCAAUUGAAUAUCACCCCACUCCACAACAUCCACCAGUAGAAGAACACCAUGGACCAGCAAUUGAAAUCUUAUCAAAUCCUCACCAUCAUGAGCCUCCAGUGGAAUAUCACCAUGUGCCUGAGCAUCAUCAUUACCCAGAAAAGAAGCCGAAAAGAUUCCAUAUCAGUUUUAAUCAAAGCCCCGACUAUAAAAUUGUUGAUAAGCAUUUAAAGCUACCACCUGUAAAAUUUCGCUUCCACAUUAACCCCAAAAUUAUUAUAACUAGCAACACCAAGGAUCCCCUUGAUAAGAAGCAUCACCAUGAUGAAGAACAUGAUUUAGAACCUUAUCCUCCUCCUGACGCCUUUUCCGAUCAUAAUGCACCUCCUUCUUACAGUGAACAUACUGUGGAGCAUUAUCCUUCUGAACACCAUCAUCCUGUUCAUCAUUAUUCUCCAGCUGAGCAUCAUUAUCCUCCUGCACAGCACCAUUAUCCAGUAGAGCAUCAACAUCAUGAUGUUUCUGGUUAUUCUGGAGGUAAAUUCCAUCCACUUGAGCAGCAUCCACCAGCAUACCCUCGCCCCCAGCAUCUUUAUGACCUUAGUGCUGGUCACAGCCAUGUAAAUCCUCAUCGAAGUGGUGGUCACUAUGAACCAACUUUCAAAAUAAAAACAAGGCCCUUAAUCUUCACAGAACCUCCUCCAACGAAGCCAACAACAACUAGAAGACCAACUACAACAACAGCCAGGACCACGACUACCACUACCACUACUACUACAGCCAGGCCUCGGAGCAGAACUAGGGCAAGACUAAAUGCUAGGAAUCCUGGUUUCUCAGUAGCUUUCACACAGAGUGCAACAACAGCAACUACUUCUAUUGAAAGGCAAGGAGAUGUGAGUGAAUCUACAACGCCCACUUCAACUACAAGAAGAUCCAUAUUUGGAAGCAAUUCUGAACGUGAAAGAGAAAAUGGUGUGAUCACAGCACGAAGAGAUGAAUCAUCGUCAACUACAACUGCAUCUACAACACCUUCUACAACGACGACUACAACUACAACAACUACAAUGAAGCCCACAACUACUACAACCACUACAACGACUCCUAAACCUACAACGACUUCAACAACCACUACCACAACGACAACACCUGCGCCAACAACUGAGAAAUCCACGACAACGACAACUACGACAACGCAAAUGCCAACAACAACUACGACAACGCAAAUGCCAACCACAACUACAACAACGCAGAGACCAACAACUACCACUACAGAAGCACCUUCCUCAAGUCGUGUAACCCCUGCGGAGGAGACCACACCAAGGACAGCUCCCACUUUGAGCGUCGACGCAAAUGAAAUCGAUAUGAGAAAAGAUACAGAUUCCGGCAGAAGACGUCCAGAACCGUUGAAAGAGGAAUCCUUGACUACAAUUGAGAGAACCGAAACAUUCAAUUUCGAAAAUUCAGAAUCUGUAAAGGUUAUUGAAACCACCAUGCUUAUAGAUGGCAAAAAUCAAACUGUGAAAUUUUACUAUAUAACCCAACCAGUCAAACUUCCUUUGGAUGUAUUUCAAAGAAUGACUGGCCAGAAGAAAAACGGGGCUUCAGGCAUAAAUGUUAUUAAAAUCCGAGAUAAAAGGUUUGUUAUGGACUUGAAUGAUGAAUCUGUUCUUGAAGUGUGAAAAAAUUACUCCUGCCGGCAUCAGGAGAAAUUAUAUAUUCAUCCCACAAUGUGAUACAUUUAAAUUCUAUUAUAAAGAAUGGGCCAAAAAUGAUUGACUCUUUUGAAUAAUUUCUGAGUGUUAGUGAAGAGAAUAUGAGCUUCUUUGUGUCAUAAAGUGAAAAUACUAUUUGUAGAUAUAGUGUUUCAUGCUUAUCACAAAUGAGACGAUUCCUUUAAUUUACGUACUCUUUUGAAGACUGAAUUAUGUUAUAAUUAAUAUGCAAACAUGAUAUGUGUUAUGUUAUCAAGGUUAUUUUAAUAGAAUGUCUGUUUAUGUAAUAAUAACUCAUGAUAUCAAGUAACGUAGAGGAUAGAAAGCGAGUACUUACAGUACUACAUACUUUUCAUAUCAAAAAGAAUUGUGAUCUGUAUUUUUUGUGUAAAGUUUGAUACUUACGGAAUUUUACAUCUUUUAUAUCAAGAUAAUGAUACGUUCAAUACUCUUCAUAUCAAAGGAGAUCCAUCAUUGAAAUCAAAAUCAUUGAUAAACUUAGAGUGAUUCAAGCAUAACAAAAUAGUCGAAUUGAUGAAUCGAAUCUGAUGAAAAUCUUAUCAAUAUACAAAAUUUGAUGAAAAUCAAGAAGCUACAUUUUCAUAUGGUAAUUACAAGAUUAAUAUACAAAAAAUUCAUAGAAACAUCUCAUUACAUCUGAAUUUCAAUUGCUCUUAAAAGUGAUUUGAGUUUGUUGAACAGUUUUCACUUAUCCAAUCAUUCGUGCGAGUCCAAUCUAGUUGAUUAUAUAAUGCUCUGUUUUGAGUUCUUAUCCCAACAGAGUAAUACUUUUUGAAGAUCUAAAUCCAGAAGCAUUGUAACAAACCAAUCAAAGAUCCUAGCACUGGUGCGUCAAACCUUUUGAUUGGUUGGCAUUGCCUAACUCGUCAUGUCAAGACCUAAAAAUGCACGUGAAAUACAAUAGAUGUAAUAUUUUAAUUUAAUGCAAUAUCUAAAUUAUCUAAUCUACAGUGACUAUUCAGUGUGAUUCUGUCUUUUUUUGGAAUAAAUACAAGCUUUAUUUUGUAUUUGUUUACAAGAAAAUCCAACGGAUAUUCAUUGACUACUAAAGGAUGAGUAACGCCAGCCACAGAAGUGGUUUUGUUACUUUCUUUCUGCUAUUAAUGUUGUGUACCAAAUGAGAAUAUAAUGAUGUCUAUGAUUACUCUUAAUAUAUUUAAUAUUUUACAUUUUUAAAGCCAUCGAAUAAAAUCUGUCGCCAUUU